AUGACGAAGAGAGCUUUCGGCCGGUUGAAGAAGAAGACAUCGAAGAAAGCGAAGCAUUCUAAGCAAGUGAAUGGAGUUCCUAAAGCUAGUCAAUCGAAACCUUUAGUUCAACCUAACAUUCAUGAAGAAGAAGUCGAAGCAUCAGAAGCUGGGAAGAAUAAGCAACUCUUCAAUGUUGUGUUCCACUAUGGAGGGGAAUUUGUGAGCCUCAAUGACGGGGUUAUGAUUUAUAGGGGCGGUGUCACGACUGUAGUUACUAACAUCAACAUCUCUACGUUUACAAUGAUUAAGAGGGAUGAUGAUUGUUACGAUUUUGAAGCAUAUGCUAAUGCCAACAAGGUUGAUGGGGAAAUGUUUGUAGAGCAUGAAGUAAUAGAUGUGUCUCUGACAGUGAGAAGUCUUAGGUGUGUGAACGAGGUAGUCCAGAUGGAUAAAUGUGAUGAAGAUGGAGUAGAAGGUUUGGGGGACAGUGAAGAUGAACGUGCCACUGCUUUGCUUGAUGGGUUUGAAGGUAUUGAUGUCACUAUACCUGUUAAUGAAGCACCAUCACUAUCUGGAUUUAUGAGAGGUUCAAAAAAGAAAAAAUUAGAAGAUGAAGAUGAAGAUGUGUAUGUUAGUGAUGACUUGGAUAGCUCAAAUCCUGAUAUGUCAGAUGAUGACAAGUUGCCAAAGUUUGAAAAGUUUAGGAAAAAGCAUUUCAACAAGAAUUUUAAAUUUCAGUGGGGUAUGGAAUUCAAUUAUCUUGAUGACUUUAGAGAAGCAAUACGUGAGUGGUCAGUUUUGAAUGGUAGGGAAAUUACCUUUGUGAAAAACGAGAGCUACAGGGCUGUGGUAAAGAAGAUGCAAACAUCUGAGAGUGUAAGGAUCUGUGAUAUAAUUCAAGACAUGAGGCAAAAAAAUUCUGUGAGAAUUACUGUAGGUAAGGCAUGGAAGGCAAAACUCAUAGCAAAGAGGAUUAUAGAGGGAGAUGCAGAUAAACAAUAUGCUAACUUGAGAAGGUAUGCAGCUGAGUUACAUAUGAUUAAUCCAGGAAACACUUUAAGUAUCACUGUUAGCAGGCCUAAUCCUUCCAUACAACCCAAAUUUGGGUCUUUCUACUUUUGCUUUGAUGGUUGCAAAAAGGGUUUCAUUAAUGGUUGCAGACUCUUUGUUGGAGUAGAUGGUUGUCAUCUAAAAACUAAAUAUGGGGGUCAAUUACUUAUUGUUGUGGGUAGGGACCCCAAUGACCAGUACUUUCCUCUAGAAUUUGGGGUGGUUGAGACGGAAACUAGGGACAGUUGGAAGUGGUUUAUUGACUUGCUUAUGGGAGACAUCGGGGAAGACAGGAGAUAUGUGUUUAUCUCGGAUCAACAAAAGGUCAUUCUUAUUACUUGA